UAUGAAGGCAGGCAAGAGUGAUGAUACAAAUGAAGGUGAAGACAAUGUAGAUGAAAAGGAAGAAUACACAGAUAUGAAGGAGCAAGAUAGCAAUGAUGCCAGUGAACAAAGAAACAGUGAUUGGACUGGGCAGGAAGAUAGCAGUGAUCGUGGGAAUGAAGUAGACCGUAAUGGUUUUGCUGCAACCGAGAAAGAAAUAAAGGAAAUUAUAAAAGAGGAUGAGAAUGAUAGAAACAAGGAUGAAGAACAGGGUGGUGUAAAUGUGGAGGGAAACAAGAAUGAAGACAGAAAAGAAGAAAUGACUGCCAGUGAAAAAGAAGGCAGUGAUGGUGGCAAGGAAGAAAGCAGUGGUGGAACUGAAGACAGAGAAGACACCCGAGAUGCUGGGAAUAAGCAAGCCAUCCUUUUAGUAGAUCACAUACAGCGGCCUGUGGAGGACCUGGGGAGAGGUUGCUCAGUGACAGCUGAGCUGAUGGAGAGCUUCACGUGUGUCUUUGUGGACAGCGUGAGCAGUAGUUUCUACCUGGUGCCUCAGGAAGCCAUUGGGGUGGGCAGUGCCUUUGAGGGUUGGAGUCCCCGGGAGGGGGACGGGGUGUACCGUGUGCUGGUCCUGCUGAAUCCCCUGCCAGGGCACGCCUUCCACCUAGAGCUGAACAGCGCAGGGCAGAUGGCAGCAAGGACGUUCAGCGUCCGUGUGGAUCUAGUGCACAUGUGCAAGAGGGAGCAGCUGGGCGAGAAGCUGUUGUGCUUCCUGCACCGCUCGCAGGAGGAGCUGCGGCAGAAGCAGAAGCGCAGCUUCCUGGAGACACUCUGCACCAGCUCCUACCUGGACGUGGUGAAAACCUCCCGCUGGUUCUACCAGUUGGUGAGAUCCUCGUGGCUGCAUGUGCCUCAGUCAUACUCAUGGCACUUGUUGUUUCAGCCCUGCAGUCGGUCCUGCCAAUUCCAGCUGAGCAGAGACAAGAAGAGCCUGAUGGUGGGGAUUCUCUUUGGGAUGUGCCAAGGGGACUCUGACAUCUUUGUGGUCAGCCAGCCUGAUGGCAGCCAUGUGAAUGCUGCAUAAUUGCUGCAUUUGUCACUGGCAAUCCUGAAGCUGCUUUUCCUGCUCCUGCAGAAGAAAGAUGCUGUGGCACACGGAUUUCUUAUGCAGACACGUCUCUUCCUUGCCCUUCGCCUUCCAGUGACAACUUUUGUGCUGUUGCCUAAAUCUAUGAGGCAUAAACUGGCUCCACCUGCACAUCUUUAAAGAAGAGAUUGUAGCUGAUGGAGAUUGCUUGGAGCACCUCAGAGACAGAAACCUAGCCUGUUAGGGACUUGAUGUAGUUAUUCAGUGAGCUGUAGCUUUAACGAUUUUGUAAGGAUGUGGUUCGUAGUAUAUGAAAGUAGGCCAGAUAGAUUUAACUCACUUUUCCAUGGUAGAACAGGUAGUCCAAGUUUCCAUAAUGAUAUUUAUUAGCAUUCCUUCCAGAGGCCCUUUAGUGUUGUCGGUGUGUAAAUACUUUGCAGUUACCCUUAGUUUAGGGAAUGGAACUACCCUACUGUAGUUGCUU